UCUGUUGAAACAAUCGUUCCCGACGGUCCGCGACAGAAAGAGGAGAGCAGAGGAGAGAAGCCAAAACCGUCUCAGGUCUCGUUCUUCUUCUUCCUCCAACCUUCGUUCCCGACGGUCGGCGACAGAGAGAGGAGAUCAGCGAGGAGAGAAGCCAGAACCCAUAUCUGAACUUCCGAAAAACCCAUCUCAGGCAAGCAUUCUUCUCGUUCUUCUUCUUCCUCCAACCUUCGUUCCCGACGGUCGGCGACAUAGAGAGGAGAUCAGCGAGGAGAGAAUGUCAUAGGAAUUUCGAUGAAUAGAAAAAAGGAGAAGAAGAAGGGAAGAACAUUAGAGAUGGGUUUUUCUAAAGACAAUCUGAUAGGUUUCGUUUUGGCUAUUAGCUCUAGUGCGUUUAUAGGAGCAAGUUUCAUUAUUAAGAAGAAAGGUCUGAAACGAGCAGCUGCUGCUUCUGGAGUCAGAGCAGGUGUUGGUGGGUAUUCUUAUCUUUUGGAACCUCUAUGGUGGGUUGGGAUGAUCACAAGAGAGGCUUUUGAAGUAGCAGCAGAAGGGAUCUUAAUCGGGUUGGCGGAAACAAAACGAGCAUGAUAGAUUGUUCAGGAAUUAUGAUGUGAUGCACCUCAUUUUGACGUAUUUAUGAUUCUAACAAUUUUUUGAUGUGAUCGUGGGCCACUAUAAUCCAUAGAUUGGAAUUGGAGGAACUUUUAUUGACUCCUAUUUUUGUAAUUAAACAACCAACUGACUAUCCUAUGUACAUCCCUAGCAAUGCAGCCUGGCGAACUAUAAUCUGUAAAUCCCCCCUCUGUAGUUGGGAUGAACUCGCAUGAUGUCUUUCUUAUGCUUUUUGUAAAGUCUUUUCUUUUCGAA